AUGGAGUUUUCUGUCAUGCAGUUGUUACUUGAACUGCUACAAAGGGCAGGAAUAUCGGUCUGCAUUGUUGGUGAGCUUGCUCUUAACUACUACAACGCACCGCGUAUUGUUCAUGACCUUGAACUUUGUGUGCGUGAAGAUGACCUUACGACUGCCGCGUCCAUAUUCCAGUCAACAGAAUACUGGAUAUCGCCCCAGAAACCGAUUUUGUUUACCGAUCGGUACUAUCGUCUGAGUCCCCUGGAACAGAAUAUCAUAUCUCCAGAGGAGCACUAUGAGUUUCAGGGAACAUACAGCAAAGAACUCCUCGACACUGUACCGGCACAUCAGAUAGCAACCCUACCGCUACCACGAUUUGCGCCACUAUUUAGAGGACUCUGCACCAUAUACAUCGAGACAAGGGAGGUUACAGCUGCAAUAGCUGCAGAAAUGCUUGUUGACGGAAUGGAUAUUGAUGAACACUGGUGUCAUAGGCACUUCGAUCCUUCUCACCAAGCAGUGCUUAACUUUGCAUUGAAUCUUGUCAGAGGGAAAGCUUCCAGAAUUGCUGAUUUCUCGAUGAAUGAAGUGACAUGCUUCAUCGUUGAUAAGCAUGAACUUCAAAAUCUCAGAGGGGUACCGGGAUUCUCACGAUCUACGGUGGACUGA